AUCAAAAUCAAAAUCACAGGUUUGGGCCGGCGGUUCAAAUUAUCCGCCAAUUCACCGUCGAAGAUGGUCGGGGAAGCCGGCUCAUCCGCCGCCGCAGCAGCAGCAACUACCACCGGGGCCGAAACUGCUGCAAAGAAAUGGUCAUUAUGGCCUUCGUUCUUCCGCUGGAUCCCUACCUCUACUGACCACAUCAUCGACGCCGAGAAACGCCUCCUCUCCCUCGUCAAGACUCCGUAUGUACAAGAGCAGGUCAAUAUCGGGUCGGGUCCACCAGGGUCGAAAAUCCGGUGGUUUCGAUCCAAGAGCAAUGAGUCGAGGUUUAUUAACACCGUUACAUUUGAUAGCAAAGAGGGGUCUCCCACGCUUGUUAUGGUUCACGGUUAUGCAGCUUCGCAAGGCUUCUUUUUCCGGAAUUUUGAUGCACUUGCUAGACAUUUCAAAGUCAUUGCUAUUGAUCAGCUUGGCUGGGGUGGAUCAAGUAGGCCUGACUUCACAUGUAAAAGCACUGAAGAAACCGAGUCCUGGUUUAUUGAUUCCUUUGAGGAAUGGCGCAAGGCAAAAGAUCUUAGCAACUUUAUUCUACUUGGACAUUCAUUUGGAGGGUACAUUGCUGCUAAAUAUGCCCUAAAGCAUCCUGAGCAUGUUCAACACUUGAUUUUGGUUGGACCUGCCGGAUUUACUUCAGAAACAGAACACAAGUCGGAGUGGCUUACCCAAUUUAGAGCAACAUGGAAAGGAGCCAUUUUAAAUCAUUUAUGGGAGUCUAAUUUUACUCCACAGAAGAUUAUAAGAGGUUUUGGCCCCUGGGGUCCAAGUCUAGUUCACAGGUAUACGAAUGCUAGAUUUGGUUCAUAUGCAGAGGGUGAUGGUUUGACUGAGGAAGAAUCUAGAUUACUCACAGACUAUGUAUAUCAUACUCUGGCAGCUAAAGCUAGUGGGGAGCUGUGCUUAAAAUAUAUAUUCUCCUUUGGAGCAUUUGCUCGAAUGCCUCUUCUACAAAGUGCGUCUGAAUGGAAGGUGCCGACAACCUUCAUAUACGGUUUCAACGAUUGGAUGAAUUACAAAGGAGCACAAGAAGCUCGCAAACACAUGAAGGUCCCAUGUGAAAUCAUAAGGGUUCCACGGGCAGGACACUUUGUAUUUAUAGACAAUCCGACUGCUUUCCAUUCAGCAGUAAUCUAUUCCUGCCGUAGGUUGCUUUCACCUCACCCGGAUAAUAUUUCACUCCCAGAAGGCCUAGCUUCUGCCUGAAACAACAAGAAAAAUAAAUGCAAUAGCUAGAUGAUGAUGAGCAAUAUCGGUCAGCCAUAAGUUUGUGGAUGGAAUCCCCCGAGAAGAGUUAGAAUGGCAUCCUGGAGAAUGGCAUCAAUCAUGCAUUCCUUUAGCUAUAUUUGGUACAGGUAUAAGUAUGUUAGUAUCGUAUGCCAUGUAUGGCUGUAUAAUCUUGAUUGGAAGCCUAAUAUUUCCCUUUAUUAAUGCAUAGUUCAAUUUUCACAUUUGAUUA